AUGUAAACGGAAUAAUUUUUUUUUGAUUCUAGUAAUUCGAAUGAAAGGAAUUAAUGGGUGAAAUUAAAUUCAAUUAAACGUCCAAUAUCCACUAUUCGAUUAUUUGAAGGAACUUUAUUUGUGAAAAGCAAGAAACAUGAUUUCUAUAAACCAAAGUUUUUUAGGUUGUUUUCUGAUAGACUAAACAUUUAUAAUGUAACAUAUACGAUAAGACAUUUAUAGAAUCCCAGAGAAUAAAAGGAAGUAGCAGCAUUAUUUUUAACAAAUGUUUAUCUAGAUCUCAAUUCUUAAAAUGUAUUGGAAAAGGAUAAACAUCCUAUAGUAUUACUAUCAGGGUCCAAAAAAUACGUCUUUAAUGCUAAGUCACAGGAGCAAAGACAAAAGUGGAUUGAUCAAUUCAAGAAGACUUGCAUUCUGAAUAAUUACCGAGAGAUCUACUUGAAUCUCAAAGUAAUCGGAAAGGGGACUUAUGCAAAGGUUCUCUUAGCCUAAAGAAAAUAGAAUUAAAGUAAAUAUGCAGUUAAGACCUUCCAAAAGUCGGCAUUGAUGGACAAAAAUAAUAAAUAAAGACAAGGAUUACUAAAUGAAAUCGAUUUAUUGCGUUCUUGUGAUCACCCCAACAUUAUUAAAUUAUACGAGAUUUACGAGAGCGGCGAUUACAUUUAUUUAGUCAUGGAAUUGUUGGAAGGAGGAGAAUUGUUUGACCUCAUACUAGAGACAUAAUGCUUCCAAGAAUCCAAGGUGGCUCUGAUUAUGUUCAAAAUAUUUGAUGCUUUAGAAUAUCUGCACACAAAGAAUAUCAUGCAUAGAGAUAUAAAACCUGAAAACAUACUAUUAAAAGAUAAAUCUGAAAAUUUUGAUUUAAAAAUUGCUGAUUUUGGUUUGGCAUCUUACACUGAGGCUAAUCUCCUUAUUACUAGAUGUGGGACUCCAGGUUAUGUUGCUCCAGAAAUUUUAGAAGACAAGAAAUAUAAUGAAAAGGUUGAUGUCUUCAGUGCAGGAAUCAUCCUAUAUAUUUUACUUUCUGGUCAAGCUCCCUUCUAUGGAAAUAGUCUUGAUGAAAUUAUAGAGAAGAACAGAGAUUGCCAAAUUAAUUACAAAGAUCUGAAGGUUUCUGAAGAUGCCUUGGAUUUACUAAAGCGAUCUUUAGAACCUAACCCAGAUGAUAGAAUUUCUUCAUUAGAAGCACUGUCUCAUCCCUUCAUAUCCCGUUUAUACAGGAGAGAAUCUAAUUAGAAGGAUGAAACAACUUUAACUCAGCAUUUAAAUGAGAAAUACAGUAUCAUAGACAGCAUGAAAAAGUUCGGAUAGAAUGAUUUAAGAUCCAAGAUUUCUAAAUACAAAUAAAAUGAAUUGAUUCAAUAAACACCAUUUUUGGGUGUAAGAGAAUACGAUCCCAUUAAAGCAUGCUCUGACAGUUGGCUAAUGGAAAAGUCAAGCAUUAUAGAUUCAAAAUAGAUCUUUUGCUCACCAAAUAUAUAGUAAUAAUAAUCGUCUGAUUCUGAUUGUUCCAUUCUAAGCACUCCUGAAUCCAGAAAAGAAACCUAAAGACAAUUAUAAUUUAGUGCACUCUAAUAAAUAGCAUUUCGACACUCUCCUAGUUAAUCUAUUUAAUCACCUUAAAGUUAAUAGAAAUCUUAACUACAAAUGAAUCUUAAAAAAGCCAAUUAAAUAAGGGAUCAACUCAAGAAAUUAGGCUCAUGACAAAUAUUAUGAGAAGAUUUUGAUUGUAUUUUAUUAUAUAUAAUAUCAAAUUUGAGAA